GUGAUGUCUGCGAUAAGAAAAGAUUAAAUAUCUCUAUAAUUAACGUAAUAAAUUUGGACUGCUCGUAUGGCGGUUAGUAAUUUAUUCAAUGUGGAUUGCAUUCCCUUCAAAGAGGAUUAUCCCUGUGGAGGCUUUUAGUAAAAAAAUAUGAAGCACUCAGUAGUACACAGUGCGCGUAGCAGACGACAUUCGUUGAUCCAUACGUGAAAAUGCAGAAUCUAGUUCGAACCUAUCGAAAGAGCUCCAACGUGUACGAUGUCCUCAAUAUGCAUCUAUCUUUGAUGACACAUUUGGGAGAGCUCUUUAUUGUUCGCAACCCUAGAACGGGCUCACUGCACGUAUGCUGGAAAGGCUUGGGUCUGUUUGUGCUGCAACUGUUGUCCUUGAUAUUGCUCGCCAUCGGUGGACAGCUGGCUCACUCCUUGCUGCAGGAGUCAAACACAACGUAUUUACAUUAUGGAAUGAGCAUACUGAUUACGUCAACGGGAGUGUACGCGGUUAUCGUUACAAUCUGUAACGCCAACGCCGGGAAGACAAUAUGGCAUAUCUUGGAGUGUUUCGAUGAGUUCGAUAGGGAGAUGGAUCGUCUGAAUGCUUCGGUUGACCAUCGGACCCAGAAACUCAUCUUGUACCGCGCUACCACGGUUGCUGUGCUCGGUUGUAUGGCUAGUAAUGCGGCGUUUUUCUUUUCCAUCGUGCUAACCUACUCCAAUACCCUUCUGCAGGCAAUCGUUUUCGUGGAAGUUAGUCUUUUUGUCAUAGUGGUCUUUACGUCUCUGGCCCAGAUAGUGAUGCUUAGCUUCUUAGCUUAUGGACGAUUUAAACAUCUGCGCCGGUUCUUUGACAUUCACUUUUUACCAUGGCAACCAGCAUCUUCGCUACUGCAGGAACUGAACAAAGUGAACCUGUAUCAGCGCCGCACGCAUUCCGCGCUGUUUCAGUCCGUGGUGCAAAUGUUUGACCAUCUUUACCGUGCGCUGAAGCUCAUCAACAAAGUUUACCUCGUGCAGUUAAUACUGAUAUCGUCAGCACUACUACCGUCCCCGACCUUUGCCCUCUUUGCCAUGUAUCGCUCGUUCGUGACAGAAAACUAUGAGCUCCGGCACAUGAUCGCUACGAUCGCCGUUUCGAGCCUUCUUUAUCUGCUUUCGUUUUUCGUUCUGAUUUUCAUUUCCACUGGCAUCAGCUAUGAGGUACGUUCAAUAAAUACUCGAAACGUUCUGUAGCAUUCCAUUAACAUUCCCUUACACUGGCAGGUCGAUCGAUUGGUCAAACAGUUUCACAUGCUCACCAACACGUACCACGUGGAGUUCCGACGAUUUGUAGAAGAGAGUGCAGUCUCCAUUAAAACACAUUUCCAACCGCUGCAAAUAGGAUCGAUCGAGCUGAACUGGAAACUGGCCUUCUCGAUGCUAGGGUGGAUAGUUUCUUACAUGGUCAUUCUGAUACAGUUCGAUGCGAGUGGCGCCGGUUUACCCGAGAGUCAAGGUCAGUGCAACUUUACGGCUUGA